AGAAGGAGGUGAGAGACAGGAGAGAGGCGCGCGCUGAGCAGCAGAUCUACUCAGAGUUAAACCUCGAGCAGAAGCUCCAUGAUGGAGUACUACCAGAUCCUAGGCGUACGCAAAGAUGCCUCUCCAGACGACAUAAAGAAAGCGUACAGAAAAUUGGCCUUAAAAUGGCAUCCAGAUAAAAAUCCAGAUAACAAAGAAGAGGCUGAGAGGAGAUUUAAGGAGAUCUCUGAAGCUUAUGAAGUCCUGUCAGAUGAAAACAAGCGUAGUCUAUACGACAGAUACGGCAAAGACGCCCUGUCUGGAGGUGGAGGAAGAGGAGGACAUUACGACGACCAUUUCGGUGGCGUGUUCACAUUCCGUAACCCUGAAGAUGUUUUCAGGGAAUUCUUCGGAGGCAGAGAUCCGUUCGCAGAUUUCUUCGGAGACGACCCAUUCGACCCGUUUGACGAUUUCUUCGGGUUUGGUGGCAGCCGGAGGCAGAGAGGCGUGAGGAGUCGAACUGGUGGCUCCUUUUUUGGGUUUGGGGGAUUCCCUCCGUUCGGGGGCGGCUUCUCAGGCUUUGACUCAGGUUUCGCGUCCCUCGGCCCGAUGGGUGGAGGAAACUUCACCUCUUUCUCCUCGUCAUCGUUCGGCAGUGGUGGAGCAGGAGGAGGCGGGAUGGGAAACUUCCGCUCGGUCUCCACCUCCACCAAGUUCAUCAACGGCAGGAGGAUCACCACCAAACGCAUCGUGGAGAACGGUCAGGAGCGGGUGGAGGUCGAGGAAGACGGCCAGCUGAAGUCUCUCACGGUCAAUGAUAUUAGCACUCCGAGUGCCCUGCCUGGCCCAGCCUCUCACUCCCGUUACCUUAGAAACGCCGCAGACGAGGAUGAUGGGGAAAAAGGAAACGCCAGAGGAUUUUUCGAAAACAGAAGAAGGAAACACUGGCGAGCAGACUCGGACAACAAAAAGAAGCUAAAUCCCCGUCUGGCACCACGGAUCGGCUCCUGGUUCUGAACUUUCACUGCAGCACUUUGUGGAUUUUUUUUUUUUUUUUUU